AUGGAUUUGCUCCGUUUACUUUUCUGGAAUUGCCGCGGUGCCGGAAAUAAUACCUUUAAACACAAUUUAACUGAGCUUGUUCGAACUCACAAACUUGAAAUUAUCAUUCUCCUGGAAACAAAAGUGACUUUUAGCAAAAUAGGAAAUUUUUUCAACCAACUGGGAUUCACCGCAUCCACUGUAGUUGAUCCAGUAAGAAGAAUGGAAGGAAUUUGGAUAGUUUGGGAUCCCACCCAAGUCAAUGUUCGAGCUUCUUCUGCUAACUCUCAAGCUAUUCGCACUACCAUUCAUAAAGAAGAUUUUGAAGAGUGGGUCCUUGCAGCAGUCUAUGCCAGCCAUAACCCUGUUUUGAGGGAAAACCUGUCGAAGGACCUGGAGGCAGUGGCUAGGGAUAUGGAGAAACCAUGGUUGGUAGCUAGUGAUUUCAACGACUAUGCUAACCAAGGGGAAAGACGGAGCUACACCGCUUCCCACAACUCUGUUCGUUACCAAAAGUUCCUGGACAGGGUCAAUAAUUGCAACCUGAUCGACCUUGGGAGUUUGGGCCCCAGAAUGACAUGGACGAACAACAGGCAUAGCCUGGCCAACACUAUGGAGAGGUUGGAUAGGGCUAUGUGUAACUCAGAUUAG